AUGCCAACUCCAUCGCCAGGCAUGGACUCUACCAGCAGAAACAGAAGGGCCGCACCAACGGCUGACGAUGCGCCACCACCGCCAUACUCAGAGACGGAUAUCUAUUCUACCUCAUCUCAACCCCCGCAGUCACCGCAUCUUGGCUCGGCCGCCGGCUCCGGCCACGGCCCCGCUGGUCCCGGCGACGACGUCGCAUCCCGGAUGUCCUCCACUUCAACCACGGAACCUGUCAUUUUCACUCCACCACUUACACCUCGCGAAUCAAACGCCAAUAUCACAACACCGAUAAGCCAACAGCGUACCAACAUACCGCUGUCUCCCAGCGUAUCUCUUUACUUUGAAACCCGGCCUGCUCCUGUGUCAGCGGCACAAUGGGAGCCUCAGAUACACAGCAUUGCCGUUAGGCCAGACUCUGUUCCUGACGAUAUUCCCUACCCGCAGAACUGGGCGGCUUCAUAUGAUAUCACCCCACAAGACUGGGCUACGUUUGUCAAUUUCCUUCUUCCCGACCAUGAUUCGGUCAAAAAUGAAGAGAUUCUUGGUGGAAAGGCCAAGACCGAAGAUGGCUCAGAUAGCAAAUCUACCAUCGGUGACAGCGAGAAGUCCGAACGACACACAUCUGACCCUAACGAACUACGACGCCGACGCUCAGAGGUCGAAGCUCUAGUACAACAGUGGAAUUCUGCCUUCUUCGCCCCCCGAAACGUGAUGGUCAGGCUACAGCCCGAGGAGCGAUCACACAUGCCAGGGGGAUGGGAGCCAACUUUUGAUGAGCCCCCUGUGCAAGCCCAUGCGCAGCCCGGUCCAUCUUCCCAGAGAGAAGAGAUUCCACAAGGGAGAUCCAACACUUUCAACGGCGGAUGGGGUGGGUUCAAAGUCGAGAGUGAUAGUGUCCGGUGGGGAGACAGAUUUGUCGCUGACAGCAACGGACUUCGAAUUGGGAGCUUGGUAAUGGACAGUAGGGGUAUUCGCAUGGACGGUCAAGGCGGAGGACUUCCAGGACAUGCACCUGCACAGCCGCCACUUCCAAAUGCUCGCAAUAUGCCACCAUUUGGACAUGGGAAUUUCCCUUGGCAACCAGCUCACCCUGAAGCCAGCCCCUUUCCUGGUCCUGGUCGUGGACAUGGACGUGGACGGGCACCUCACCACAACCAUCAGGGGCCCCGAUCUCGUUCCUCAUCAACAUCUUCUUCCUCAUCUUCGUCUUCGUCCUCUUCUUCAGCGAGCUCAGCGUCCAUCGGCUCGCUCCCCGAUUACGACGACCUUAAGGACCAACAACUGCCCGUUUAUAUCGCCCGCCUCCAACUAUGGACCAACAAUCCCCAUGAGGUGCGCAGCAGGGGUGAUGUGAAGCAACUUAAAGCUGAGCUCAAAGCCCAAAACGCAAACACUAGCAACCCUAACGUGGAUCGAAAAGCACUCAAGGCACAGGGUAAGAUCCUCUCUCAGCAAUGGAAAAAUCUGAAGCGUCAGCAGAAGAAGGAGAGGAGGGACCGAAAGAGGGGUCUCAAGAAGCGGAAGAAGGCAGAGAAGAGGGAGAGGAGGCAGCAGAAAAGAGAGAUGAAGACUGCUCGUAGGGACCAUCGAAGAGGUGAAAGGGGCCGAGGUCGAGGCCAUGUCGAACCGCACCCGGCUCCUUUCGUUCCUCCAUUUCAAGUCCCUCAAGUCCAUGUUCCUCCAUUCCAGGUCCCCCCCGUUCAAGUUCAUGUUCCACCUGUGAACGUCCCGGGAGUCAGAGUUCCACCACCUACUUUCGGGGGUUGGGGAUGCGCAGGCAGAGGAGAAAGAGGCCCUCGUGGCCGAAGCAGGGGUCGAGGUUGGGGUUGCGAUGGUCAAGGCCCAUGGGGGAGAGCAAGAGGACAAUUCCACGCAAGUUUUCCCCAUCCUGGUGCAUUCGGACCACCAGGUCGAGGUGGUGUCUCUGGCAGCAGAGACUGGCCCCCUGGAGUUGGCCAAGGUCAAGGUCCUCAAGGCCCAUUCCCCGGCUCGUGGCCAGAAGACACCGACAGAGACAGAGACGCCGGUAUUCCACCACCAGGGGCAGCAUCUGCUGCCAAAUACGACACCAUCUCGGGGAUCGAGAAGGAAAUUGCAACAAAGCUGAAAGAUGCCGACUCUGGGGAAGUGACGCUGGGUGAGCGUCGGGCAUUGGAGAAGGAGAUCGAGGCUCUCACGGAGACGCUUGAGCGAACUAGGAUCGAGGCGGAUGAGGCGUAUGCUCGUGAGCUGGCUGAGACGCUUGAUGGACACUAA